UUAGCACCCGGCUACCAGCGGCUGAAACGGACGAGACUCGGGAGAAGCAGAAUAAUGCAAUCGGGUCUUGCUCGGGAUAAUCGACAGCAGCGGGGGAGUGGGAACGGUCGGCUUCCCUUCUUCCGAAACACCCGCUCGGAUUCUUUCGCAAUUAGUCACGCACUUCAACUAGACUGCGUGGGGUGGGAAAGGCUUAAUGUGGAUUCACUUCGCGCGCCUCGAACGGCAGUGGCAGAUUUUUGUCUUCUUUCUAACUGAGGCGGGUGGAUGAAGACAGGCGCUUUCUCUAAGGUCGCCCCCUACAGAGAAACGCCGGACACGGAGGUGGCCCCUCACUUGCCUUUGGGGGCUGGCCGCGGCUGCCUGUUAUCGGCAUGAGUUCCCGUGGGGCGGAGUUGGCGCUUCCAAGCCCCUGCCCUACCUCGGGGAAAGGGGCCAACCCAGCGCCGCGCUCUUCGCUUCCUGAUUGACUUCAGCAGCAUGGAUGCGGGCUCUGGCCCCAUUAGCCCCGCUCCCAGCCUUCAGGAAGGUUCUUUCGGUUGCCCCAUUUGCCUAGACGCUCUGAGGGACCCGGUCACCACUCCUUGCGGCCACAACUUCUGCCUGGAGUGCAUCGGGGCGCACAGGCAUCGCCCCGGGGGCCUUACAGGAGCCGGAGAGCAAAGUGCCUCCCGCUGCCCCCUCUGCCAGGAACCCUUCCCAGCCGAUCUCCCGCUCCGUAAGAACCACACCCUGGCGGAAUUGUUGCAGCUCCGACAGCCCACGUCAAGCAGUGCGGGCCUGGCUAUGGCGCCCGAAGAAGCCUCAGAGCCGCGCGCUCCUGGGAACGCCGAUGCCCAGACCGAGGAGGUGCUCUGCGACUUCUGCACCGGUGGGGAGCGGGCUGAGGCGGCCAAGUCGUGCUUGGUGUGCUUGGCGUCCUUCUGCUCCCCUCAUUUGCAGCCUCAUCUGAAAAGUCCUGCUUUCCAAAGCCACCGGCUGGUUCCGCCGUUGCGGCACAUCGAGGAGAAUCUCUGUAAGUUGCACCUCAAGCCUUUGGAGAGCUUUUGUCGGACCGAUCGCAGCUGCAUCUGCCAGCUCUGCCGGGCCCAGGAGCAUCGGAGCCACGAGGUGGUGGCCGUGGAGGUGGAGCGGGAGCACGUAGAGGCCCAGAGGCCAAAAAUCCUGAACAACACUGAAAAUCAGCUGGAUGAACUGGGAGUUGCAAUAGCACAGAUGAAGAGGAUGGUGGACCUCAUCAAAGCUACUGCUCAGAAGGAGAGGGAAAAAGUCAGCAGUCUCUUUGCCGAGGCCACCAAGGUCCUGGUGACCUUUAAGAAGGAAGUCCUUGACUUCAUUGAGGUUGACGAAAGAGCCAUGCUGAGCGGGGCAGAGGAGGAGCUGCAGCGCAGAGAAGAGCGACAUGCCCUGCUGAUGGAACACAAGCGGAACCUGGAGAAAGUCCCUAGCAUGGAUACCAUCACUUUCCUGCAGGAAUUCCAGGCACUGAAAAUAGCAGCUGAGGAAAAAAAAAUUGCAUGUACAAACUUCCCCAGGGAGUUGAGUUUUAUCAAAUCCAGUCAGGCCGUGUUUGCUGUGAAGGAACUGCUGGGGAAUAUUUGCAAGAACCAGUGGGACCAACUGUCGGGGAAGGGCGAGAACGGACCCUUUCUUCACGGGAUGUCAGAAGUGACAGUUGAGCCCCAGGUUUCAGAAAGGAGCAUCAACCCCGCCUGUUUGGAAUCACGAUAUUAUUUUCUCAAAUUUGCAUUCAUCAUUGACUUGGACAGUGAUACUGCUGACAAGUUCAUCCAGCUCUUUGGAACCAAGGGGGCUAAGCGUGUGCUCAGCCCCAUCGCUUACCCUGAGAGCUCAACCAGGUUCAUCAACUGUGAGCAAGUGCUGGGCGAGAACCUAAUGAAUCGUGGCAACUAUUACUGGGAAGUGGAGAUCAUAGAUGGCUGGGUGAGCAUUGGGGUCAUCACUGAAAAUUUCAACCCUCAGGAGUCUUAUGACCGGGGCCGCCUAGGCAGGAAUGAGACGUCCUGCUGUCUGCAGUGGAAUGGGCAGAACUAUGUCGCCUGGUUUGGUGGAUUUGACUGUGUUAUACAGCAGCCGUUCUUUCAUACUAUUGGGGUGUACUUGGAGUAUUCAGAGAAGGUGCUGACGUUCUAUGGAGUCAAGGAUUCCAAGAUGACUUGCCUCCAGCAGUUCAAAGUGGCUCGCUUCAAAAAGGGACAUUUUGACCCUUUCCAGAAUAAGAUCAACCACCAGUUUCCAGCCCUGUUUGUACACAACCUCAAGCCCGCCUUUUUCCUUGAAAGUGUAGAUGCUCACAUGCAGCUCGGGCCUUUGAAGAAGGACUGUGUUUCAGUACUUAAGCGGCGAUAAUUUGGUCAGGGUCUGACCAAGAAUACAGAAUUUGACAAGUAGGAUGAUGGUGACAUCUCCUCUGGACCACUGUGUGAUCUUUCUGGGUUAGGGUUGAAGAAUUAAUCAUACUUGCUACUGCUCCUUUUUAAUUACUUGAUAAGUAUCUUAAAAGUUUAAAGCAGCACUUUCCAGCAAAGCCUUUUCUUCUCUUGGACAUAUUAGGGCUUAUCUACAAAGGGCUUGCUCUAGAGCAAACGACUUACCUCCAUUUCAUCUAAUGAGUCGCUGUAUAAACCACUGGUAUCUCCAGAGGCUGUGCGCUGUUUCACAAGGGAUACAUGGAUCAGUCAUCAACAAUACCAUGAAAACCCAUCAGCAUAAUAGACAGCGGGCAGGAAAAAUGUUACCGUUGAUCAAAAAUGUUAUAUGCUGAAGGCUAUCACUUGUUUUUAAAUGUCGCUAGGUGAAUACUGCUCUUCCACUGCAUUUAAAAAAACAAUAACUAUGGAGAUAGCAGUGGUGUCAGCCACUACUGUCUGUCAUGUCACAGCAAAUGGGAUAUAUGAACAAAUAUGUUUAGCUUUGCAUUACAAUAGCAAGAAAAGUAGCAUGGGGCUGUAGGGCGCUUUAGUUGGUUCUCAGUCAGCUUAAAUCUAAAUUCCAAUCUAUAUAAUAGAGAUAUAACCUUGAAAUUAAAUGGAGCACCUCUGGCUGGUGCCAGUCCCACUAGGUAGACCAGAUCAGGAAAUGAACUCCACAGGAAGGGUAAAACUUUUAUUGAGAUUGGCUAUAAUAACUGAGUCUUGCAAGUCAGUCUGUACUGUACUUCCUCCUCCUCCUCCUCCUUAUAGUUCAGUGAAUUAGGGAGGCAUCUGCCUGAACCACUUCCAAAUGUUAUCUCAUUGUUCUGGACUUAAAAACUGUUCUGGCCCCUUUUGUCUAGGCAGCAGUUCCUGCAUAUUUCCAUCAAGGUCACAUUGCAUAUUCUCUGCCCUGUGUUUUAAUGGUAUAUGGGCCUGUUUACUAAUGUUGGAUUAAGAAGUGCUACAAGGUAAACUGGGUUGUAGAUCUGAAUAUGAUCGUUUCAAGAGAUGAGCACUUGCACAAGAGAAUAGAACAUUUCAAUAUUGGGUUGCAAGUCUCCCUUUCCAUAGAGUGUCUUACAGGCACAGAAGUAUUAUAAAAGUGGAAAAUCAGUGGCUCUCUGGAUGUUCAACUACAGUUGACUGGCUGGGCCUGAUGGAAGUUGAAGCAUAUCAACCUCUGGAGGACUGCAGGUUUCCUACUCCUGUGAUACAUUCUGCUUUUCUCAGCUGGAGUCUUAGGGGCUUUUGAAUACAGAUCCAUGGAAGUAACAUGGAAGAAAGAACAUCAGUUAAGGUGAAGAAUAGGGAUUGAUCUUCUAUGUGUAGCAAGGAUAUGUAACUGUAUAAAAUCAAUCCUUUACAAAUAUACAGCUAAGAGGACACUGCAAACAUUUAUAAAUUUAUCAUAAUUUAGCCUUGCUGAUAGAACCCAGGAGUGGUGAGGAAAUUCAAUGUCUGAUCUAGCUGCUGUUGCAUAUAAUAAUAAUAAUGUGAUUUCAAGUUAACCUAUGAAGAGACCCUAGUUUUUCUUUAGGCCUUGGCAUUUUUUUACAGGUAGUCCUUGAGUUACGACCAUUCAUUCAGCAACCGAAGUUAUGACAGUGCUGGAUGAAGGGAUUUAACAACCAGUACUUGAAGUUCCAGUUGUUGAAGCACCCCUGUGGUCACAUGAACAAAAUUCAGGUGCCUGGCAUCCAGCUUGCGCUUACGACCAGUUGCAGCAUCCCAUGAUCAUGUGAUCGCCAUUUGCGACCUUCCCUGCCAGCUUCCCCCAAGCAAAGUCAAUGGGAAGCUGGCAAGGAAGGUCGCAAGUUGCUAGGGUAAGUCUCCCCCCUUGCCUUUCUUUGCUUGUAUGUACCAUACCCUCUUUCCCAGGCCACCCUGUGCUUGCACACAUGUACGCAUUCUGCACCCUUUCCAUAGCCUCCCUGUGAUCACACACAUGCACACACCCCACACCCUUUUUCCAUGGUCUCCCUGUGAUUGCACACACGCAUGCACAUAUCCCACACCCUCUUUCCUUGGCCUCCCCAUAAUCACACACAGGUACCAGACACCCCAUUUCCACAGCCUCCCUGAAGACACCCUGCGCCCUUUCCUCAGCCUCCCUGCCAUCACACAUAUGUACAUACCCUGCGCCCUCUUUCCACAGCCUCCCUCAAUCACACCCACCCCUCUUUCCUCAGCUUCCUUGCGCUCACUUGCACGAACACACACCCUGCCCUAUUUCCUUGGCCUCCCUGCAAUCAUGCAUUCCAUACCCUCUUUCCACAGUCUCCCUGCGAUCACACAUAUGCAUGCACCCUGCACCCUCUUUCCCCAGCCUCUUUGCAGUUGCAUGCACCCCAUGCCCUCAUUCUCUGGCCAUUCUGAGCUUGCACUGCACUGAGCACCCACUCCCCCAACUCACACACGGCCUGCCCCACCCCCCCAUGGCAUACCCAUGCUCCUUACCUGUGACUCCCUCCACUUCCCGCUUAACAACCCACAUGUCUUGGGAUAUGACAACAACUGGGCUGCCUAGAUUGCCAUUGCUAGGGAAUGCGGUCAUGUGACAUCAUACUUUAUGACUGCAUCAUUUAGCGACAGCAGUUCUGGUCCCAAUUGCAGUCAUAACUUGACUACCUGUAAUUUGUUUUGUUUAGAAUGGGAUUGACAGUUGAGUUCAAAUAAACUGUCCAUUGGAUUUGUUUCAUUCUCAAAUAUAAUAAGACUACCAGCGUUUGUAAUGUAAAUUAGGACUGAAGAAGAAUAAAUUUUAGUUUAGAGACGGAAUUGAUUUUUUACAACCACAGGAUAAUUUUGUUCGUUGAAGAAGAUAAUGGAAUUACUCUAAUGCUAGCCCACUUCAUUAAUUCCAUGAUCUCAAGAUUACAUUGUCUACAAGAGUAUUCUGCAGUAUUAGUACAUUAUUUGUCUCCAAAACUUGUUUUGUUUACAAAAUAAAUUCUAUUAUAUCCUGUACCCAGGGUGAAAGUAUAGUAGAUCUGAUUAAUUAUGAGAUAAAUUUAAUGAGAUCACUUUUCUUUGCUGCUGGUCCUUCCUUAAAUAUUCCUACCUUUCAUUAAAAAAAUUUUUGAGGUCCUUA